UUGUGAACAGACGUAACCGGAAAACCAGGAAGUGCAGUGUGAAGGUUAGGCAAGCAACAGCGCAACAUGGGGGUGAAAAUAGAGGUGUUUCGUAUGAUGCUGUAUCUGUCCUUCCCUGUGACCAUGUUCUGGAUCUCCAACCAAGCAGAGUACUUUGAGGAAUAUAUUGUGAAGAGAAAGAGGGAGAUUUUCCCACCCGAUGAGAAGAUGCAUAGGAAAGAGCUGGAGGACUUCAAAGAGCGGAUGCGAGACCGCAAGGAGCGGCGGCUACUGAAACGGAUGGCCUUGGAGGAGGCAGAGAAGGAGUGAGGGGGACGAUGACCCCAAUGCCCAAUCAGCAGCCUGUUUUUUUCUACUUGUUGUUCCACAGGAUGGGGGAGCAGUGUCUCUGUCAGGCCCGGGGACUGGAACAUGUGCUGUGUCACAAAAGGCACCCUAUUACCUAUUUAGUAUACUACUUUGACCAUGGCCCAUAGGGCUUUGGUAAAACGUAGUGCUCUAUAUAGGAAGAAGGGUGCCAUUUGGGGUUGGAGGAUUUUGAAUGUCGUGGAGUAUGAAGGCUAUACUAGACACCCUUUGGGAGGGUGUGCUGUGCUUGAGGGCGACCUUCAAGUUACCCCUUUGAACUGAAAAGUCUCACUGAAAAGCUUUUUAUGAAAUGCUUUAUUUCACUGCAAUCAAACUACAACUUCACUGUUGAGGAUCUGCUCUGCGAUGGUGUUAAUGUAAACCUUGGGUGUGUAUGAUUGUCUCAUAAAAAAUAUGUGUGAAUGAAAUAUGAGGACAGAAUCAUGUGGCUUGGAAUAUUAUUUAUUUUUAUGAUUUAGAAUGUCUUUUGUACAUGGAUGUUUCAACACUGUCCUUCAUUAAAGUUAAAAUGUGUCUUUGCUGAA